AUGGUAGGUUUUCUUCAUUACAGCAGGAAUCCACAAAGUGAAGUCUAUCAGAAGACCUUCUCUGGAAGUGUGUUUUUCCUUCACCUCUUUUUCUUCUUACCUCUACUUUCUAUUUCUUUUCUCUUGUUUCUGCAUCCCUAUUUUUCUGCUGUCUUUCCCUAUAUUUCACUCCACUUUCAAUUGUAUCUGUUUUUCUGUUUCCCUUCAUCCUCUUCUUUACUUAUCUCUUCUCUUUUUAUUUCUUCUUCUAUUUCACCUUUUUUGCUCAGUCCUUCCUUCAAUUUACAUUUCUUCUCUUUUCACUUUUAUCUCUCUUUUUCUUUUGCUUCUCUAACUCCUUUUCUAUCUUCCUUUUUUUCUUUAAUCCAUUUUCCAUUUUCUCUUCCUAUUCCUAUCUUAUAUUACUUUUUCUAUCUCUUUCUUCUCUUACCUUUCUUUCUAUUGUGUACACAUUUUUUCAGUAUCCUCUCACUGUUCUCCUUUGAAAUUCUCCCUUUUUUUUUCUUCUCCUUCUCUCUUUCUGUUUUGUUUUCUACUGAUACUGAGUCUUCCUUCUUUACUCCUUCCCCUUAUUUUAUAUCUAUAUCACUUCUUAUUUCUCUCUUUCCCCUUUUUCUAUGUAUUCUCUCCCUUUACCCCCAGUACAAUAGCCAUAACCACUUGUAG